UGGGAGUUCCAGAUUGGCCCCUGUGAAGGCAUCAGCAUGGGAGAUCACUUGUGGGUAGCUCGUUUCAUCUUGCACAGAGUUUGUGAAGAUUUUGGUGUGGUAGCCUCAUUUGAUCCUAAGCCAAUCCCUGGCAACUGGAAUGGCGCUGGUUGCCACACUAACUUUAGCACCAAGGAAAUGCGGGAAGAUGGUGGGCUUAAAUGCAUUGAGGAGUGCAUUGAUAAGCUUGGAAAGAGGCAUAACUACCACAUCCGUGCCUAUGAUCCAAAGGGAGGCCUGGACAAUGCUCGCAGACUGACUGGCCACCAUGAAACCUCCAACAUCCAUGAGUUCUCUGCUGGUGUGGCGAACCGUGGCGCUAGCAUCCGCAUCCCACGAACCGUGGGACAAGAAAAGAAGGGUUACUUUGAGGAUCGCCGCCCAUCUGCCAACUGUGACCCCUAUGCGGUCACCGAGGCCCUGAUUCGCACAUGUUUGCUAGAUGAAGGGGGUGACGAACCUGUGGACUACUAGAUCUCUCUUCUCCUGGACUGAACUUUCCUCCCCUUCUUGCCAUAACUCCCUGUUUUCUUUUUUUUUUUCUUUUUAAAUGGCCAUCAAGCCAAAUUAGUACUGUAUCUAGUUUUCUAUCAGGGUGGUUCUAACUUGGCAUUUUAAUAUCACUGAAGUUGACUGGUCAACUUAACAUUUUAAGAUUAAAUCUGAAGUUAACCUUAUUUGACUGGGGACACGGUGUUGCAGGGCAUGUUUUUCCCCCUCCCCCCUUUCCCUCAUUUUAAUUGUUUCUUGGAUUGGAUGUUUAACAUUAACGUUGAAAGCUCUCUAUGAUCCCAUGACUCUACCAUUUGGUAAUUAAGAUGGACUGAAAAGCGACUCAAGUGCACAGAAGAACCUAGGGCUGCCAAGGCUAGACAUCUAAUUUCUUUUAAACAAUAGCUAGUUGUUGCGUAUGUUGACUUGAUUAUUCAAGUAUGUAAUGUUUCAAUGCGUCUUACUGACAGUGUAUUAAUUGGCAAAUUUUGGUAUCCAUUUUGACUGUACACACUACACUGUUCUUGUUGUGCGGUACACUUCACAGUUGAGGUCCAAUAACUGUCCUGUUUUUAUAUUUGUGGAGCUGUUAUUUGUCAUGUUAAAUCCCUGAUUCAUCAAGGAUUUGAUCUUGUUUUUGUCUACUACUAUGACGUAACUGCACUGGUUUUGGUAAAAACCUUAAGUUGCUAAAAAAAAAAAAGGAGACUUAAACAUUUAUUUUUUACCACAAA